AUGGAAAUAUUCUCCGAAUAUCCUCAGGACCACACUCCAGUUGAUCGUAGAGGUCCACUAGGAAUCAUGGACCGACCGGUCUUUUCCCCGCUGGACUCGUCGCCCGGCUUUUUCCCCACUGGCGCUCGCUUGUUCCAGCCUCUGCCUAGGGAACCUAAUGCGUCCACCAGCGGACUAUCGGCGACCGAUUUGGCGGCCGAUAUGAGCGAGAACUUUCAUAUUGGCAACAGAUCAAAAGUGAUAACACCAAGGCGAACGCUAUUCCCAGUGAACAAUAACAAAAUGAGUUCCAAGCUCGCUGGUCGAUCGCACACCUUGAUGGAGCCGCCUAGCAGUUUUUUUGACAAAGAGAACGCAGUACCUCUCUGUCUUGCCGCAACAACCUCCACGCCAUUACACUCCUCUGCCGAGAGCACAGGCCCGCAAUUCAAACUCCCCACCAAGAAAGCGGGCGAGCUCAAAUCUCUCAAAGCCCCCACCAGACAGAUCAUGAGCACGCCGAGCUUGCCGGCGUAUGACACUAGUGGUGGUAUUAGUAGCUACGAUGGCAGCUCCCUGGAAGACACCUUCGACAAACAUUCCUUUUUAUCUGGUGAAGACAUGAAACCAGCGACCACUUUACGAUCGACAUUCGAGAGGGCCCUCGCAGCGUCUACGGGGUGUCCUCCAGCCAAAGUUCGACGCACACAGAGUAUGUUUCAGUCGACUGAGCAGUUUCUCAGCCAGCAAAUGAGCCCGAGCUCACCGGUUCCUCUUCCGCCGCUCAUCAACAGCUCUAGCGUUGAAGACGAGUUAAGCGAAGAGGCUACGAGCAUUCUGGGCCAGCCUGGCUGUGAAAUCGAGACAUUCACCGUCAAACAAGACCAAUUUCGACGUAUCAAGCGUGAGACUUUGUGCGAGCUGCUGGAUGGCAAGUACAAACAUAUCUAUGGCCGGGUGCUGGUGAUCGACUGUCGGUUCGAAUACGAAUACGAAGGAGGUCACAUUGCCGGUGCCAUCAACAUCAGUUCCAAGACCCGGCUUCUGCAAGAACUGCUCUCGGAUGUGCAGCGCAUCAAAGGUGGCAGUAAUGAGCAAACAUUGCUGGUUUUCCACUGCGAGUACUCUGCGUAUCGCGGACCGCUUAUGGCGUCCCGCCUGCGACAGCUGGACCGAGAAAUCAACCUCAUACACUACCCGAAGCUCCACUAUCCAGACAUUGUGAUCCUGGAUGGCGGAUACAGUCAAUUCUACCAAUUGCAUCAUACCCGCUGUGAGCCUCAGAACUACGUCGGCAUGAACGACGACAUCCAUCGUAAAGUGUGUGAGCGCGAGCUGGAUCGUUUCCGCGAUACGAUGCGGCUGCGCAAGUCUCCUGUCCUGCGAUGCAACGAGGGCUCCCCGGGCAAGCCGUUCAAGUUUCCCGGUCUCGAUCACAGCACCCCGUGCCGCCGUAAAUGA